AUGUCAGCCUCAGAUUCGAGUGCUACGGGACUCAUCGGUAACAAGGGUUCAGCCGAUUCCUACACUAGUCGUCCCUCGGAUUCAGACCUGUCCCUGGAGGAGGACAAGGAGGCGUCUCGGCGCGAAGCCGAGCGCCAGGCUCAGCUGCAGCUCGAGAGAGCCAAGUACAAACCUGUAGCGUUUGCAGUAAAAACAAAUGUGAGCUACUGUGGUGCCACUGAUGAAGAGUGUCCGGUCCAAGGAGCCGCUGUGAACUUUGAUGCCAAAGAAUUUCUGCACAUAAAAGAGAAGUACAACAAUGACUGGUGGAUUGGUCGACUGGUGAAAGAAGGAGCUGACAUCACAUUCAUCCCCAGCCCGGUCAGACUAGAGGCCAGAAGGUGAAGCUCACUUGUAAAAAACGCAUCCACAGGCUGGAGGUCCACACCUCCCUCAUCUGCAGCUAAACAGAAGCAAAAACAGAUUGAGCAGGUCCCUCCUUAUGAUGUGGUGCCAUCCAUGCGCCCGGUAGUGCUGGUGGGCCCUUCACUUAAAGGCUAUGAGGUCACAGACAUGAUGCAGAAGGCCCUAUUUGACUUCCUGAAGCACAGAUUUGAUGGCAGGGUCACGAUUACACGGGUGACUGCUGAUCUGUCACUGGCAAAACGCUCAGUGCUCAACAAGAAGGCUAUAAUGGAAAGAUCCAACGCUCGCUCUACUAUGGCAGAGGUUCAAAGUGAAAUUGAGAGGAUUUUUGAGCUGGCCAAGUCAUUGCAACUAGUCGUCCUGGAUGCAGACACCAUCAACCAUCCUGCACAGCUCCUCAAGACCUCCCUGGCCCCGAUCAUUGUAUAUGUCAAAGUGUCCUCACCGAAGGUUCUUCAGAGGUUGAUCAAAUCUCGUGGGAAGUCACAGAGCAAACACCUAAAUGUCCAGAUGAUGGCUGGAGACAAACUAGCCCAGUGUCCACCUGAUAUGUUUGAUGUAAUCCUGGAUGAGAACCAGCUGGAGGAUGCUUGUGAACACCUGGCAGAGUAUCUAGAUGCUUAUUGGAGAGCCACACACCUCCCCUCUGCUGUCCCACCUGUGAAUAAUUCUUUGGGAGACCAAAGCGUCAUCACCCCACCUUCUGCUAACUCCAGCCAACAGUAUUCUGAGACUCAAGAGUUGAUAGAAUGA